AUGUUCACUCCAUACAUGAUGAACAGAAGUAUGCAAGCAACGCUUACUCCAUCAAAGGAAUCAUGCUCAAAAGCCCAUAGCAGUCAAGGAAGCCCUGUCCGAAAGCGCAUGGAAGAAUUAGCUAUACCAGGGCCUUCUCAUGUGAAAUUGUGCAAUCAUUCACAUCAUCUAGUACUGGAACAGCUUCUAAACAGGAGUAGGAGACAACACGAUUGGCAAUUGGAGGAAAUAUCACCAUACAAAAAGUCAAACCGCCAUGUAAGAGAAGGCUAAAACGUUAUGUUGGAGAUUUAUUAAGCGAUGACUUUUCCACUCCCAUAAAAGCAAAGUCGGUUGAUGAAAACUUCCCUGAUGAGAUUGGGAAAAAAGUAAAAAGUCUCCAAACAUUGUUGGUCCUUUGCCGAGAAGAAUAAAAACUCUAAGUGGUUUAUUGAAACUUUUGAAGCAGAAGAUGCACAUAACAGAUUCAGCUGAAACUGUAUUGAAGGUAAGCAGAUUGAUGAAAACUCUGUGUCCCAGAUAUCCGUAUUCAUUUGUUUGGUGCAAUUGAUUAACUUUUUUUCAAUAUAAUAAUUUUCAUCAACACUUAGCAUACCAUAACUGGUCAAAAUACCAUUGAAAAUAAUCAUAUCAUCUUAUCACUUUUGCACAUAAAGCUUUAUUAUUUUUUUCUAUUAAUUAUAGCAGUUGAUAUUCUUUUUUUUAUUAGUAUUUUGUUUAUUUUGACCAAUACUUGUUACAGAAAGUAGACAUAUUGUCAUCUACCCCAGCAGGUCAUUAGACUGGUUAUGGUAGAUUCAGAAUUAAGUAUGGGUAUGUUCAGUGUCAAUAUCUUAGUUUCAAUAAGAAUAUCAAAUGCCUCUUAGAUAUCCUAAUUAAUAGUACUAUACAAACAAUAUCACCACAAAUUAUGGGUUAUUUUAAUGAUCACCUUAUUGAUGGACACUGUAUAUUUUUAAUAAAACUUGCUUUGAAAAAGUAUUUUUCGCUCAGAAUUCAC